CUUGCGAGACAGAGGAAGCGCAUAAACAUUGUCUUUAGUCUCUGGAAGUCAUCCCUUUCACAGAUUAUUUGAAAUUUAAUGUUCUGUCAUGAAAGACACCCUCUAGCUGAAACGUAAGCGUUUAUAAUUUCGAGUAAAUUUUGUGUUCUCGACAUGGAAACACUCUCAAGUAUACCGCGUUAACCCAGACAACUCGUUCCUGGAGGUGUUCAUCCAACAUAUAAUAAUUGUAAUGUUUAGACGCUUUUUAAAUUAGAGAGAGAGAGCUAUUGAGGUGGACUAUGAACGAGUCGGAAAAAGAAGGAGAAGAGCAAGUUUACGACCUCAUCGAAGACACAGAUGAUAAUUCAAACGGGAAUGAAGGAGUGGAAAAAACAGCUGCUGUAGGAGAAAGUUUGGUAACAGGAACUGAUGAAGUCGAUCAAAGUUUGGCUGCCGCGCAAACAGACGACACCUUUGGUGAAACAAAGAACAUAUUACUCAAACUCAGAAAGAAAUUUCGACGUCGUAAAUGUUCAGAAGAUUCAUCAGCAGAACAUUUUGAUUCUGAAGAAACAAAUGAAUCUUUGACAGCGUACUCAAGCAUCGAAGACAAUGAAUUACCAAAAACUACAACUAGACUUUCACUAAUGCACAAAACGCUUAGUUUUCCUGGCUUCGCUAAAGAUCGGUCCUUCAGUCGGUCGGGGGUGAAACGUUCUCGAUCAAAGUCAUUUUCUAUUCGAAUGCAAUCCAAGGAAAUGGAGGCAAAAAAGGAGGAGGACACGUUUGAGUGUAGUAAACAAGCUGGUGACACCUGCAGCACAUCCAGCUGGCUGAAUUUCGAAACUGCACAGGGAAAUCCAUUUGUAGAACCAACAAAGAAAAGAGCAGUUCCUCCUCCCCCUCCUCCCAUACCUCUGCCAUCACACUUUACUAGGAAAAAACAAAGACAGCUUGUAAAAUCGUUGACAAUAUCGCUCGAUGAACUAGACCCAUGUGAUAGAGGAUUCAGGCCAGUGCCGACCAUUGAAGGUGUCGACAGGCAGUUGAAUGCCAAGUGUCCGCAAACAGCUACUGAAAUAAGCUGCCAGCAAUACUCAUUUCCAUUAACAAAAUCUUUAGAGUCACUUUCACAUCACAGUUGGUACUGGGGGCCUAUAGACAAGUUUGAAGCUGAGGUUUAUUUGCAAGAUAAACCUGAUGGUUGCUUUUUGGUCCGGGACAGCUCCCAUGAAUUCCACUUGUACAGUGUAAGUUACAGGUGUAGAGGAAGAACCUGCCAUACAAGGAUUCGCUAUGGAAAUGGUAUGUUUUACUUUGUUGCUCCUCCAGGUGAAAUGGGAACUAAAACAGUGGUAGGACUCAUCAAGAAAUCCAUGAAAAUGUCCUUAAAAGGGCCAAUGUGUUUUUCAAAGGCAUCAACUUUCCUAGGCUUUCCCACUUUUCCCAUUCGACUUACAACACCAGUUUCAAGGUUUGGAGAACUUCCCUCUCUCCAACAUCUUUGCAGGUUUGUUAUUCGACAAAAUUCACGCUGCGACAAGCUUCAUGAAUUACCAUUGCCAUCCAAGAUUAUUAACUAUCUGAAUGUAGAUAAUCAUUUCCUGGAAAAUGAAGGGAAAGAAAAUUUAUCCCUCUCAUAGGUCCAAGAACCAUUAUUUAUCAAUAAACCAGUGGCCGUACUCUUGUUGUACAU